AUACACACUUGGUCAUAGUUUGAGCGCAGCUUUCGAGAAGCGAGUUCUAUUGCUAGCUGUUUGUGCACUUGCAAAUUUUGCAACAAAGUCAACUUACUAGUGCCCUAUUGCUCCCUGUAGCUUAAGGUCAUAUUAAAACAAGUGUUCUAAAAUCCACAGAACACUAUAGGUAACUUGCCAUAGAGAAAUCAUACGCUCGUUUUACUACGAACAACACAAUCACCAUGAAGUUACUGCAAGCCCAUUCAAAAUAGGAUAUUGAUGGCUGAUGUCUGAAAAUGUACACCUCCAUUACUCCAUUACAAUAUUUCAACAUCCCUGAGAUGGUCUUAUUCUUCAAACAAAAACAACUGAGAGCUCUUCUCCACUGAAUGUUUUCAAUGAAUUAGCGUCGCAGUGAACUAUGUUUUGCAUCUCAUCCCCGAACUGUAAAGUUUUUGCUCAAAUUAUCCACACACUAGCAAAGAUUGGUGAUGAAGUCCUCUUUGAGCCCAGAGCAAGGAGCUUAGUUUUGAAGACUAAAAAUCUGGCCGAGUCCUCCUACGCUGAGACAGAGCUUCAGGCAAAUUUUUUUUCAAGUUUCUCUUUUAAUCCUACGCUUUAUCAAGAAGAUACAAUUAACUUUAAAGUAACUGUGCGUUCUCUAGUUUCUGUGGUCAAAUCUCCGCACAGUUUUGACAAAAAUGUUGAUACUUGUUUAUUACGUUAUGAGCAGGGAAAGUUUCAGCUAACUGUUAUUAUCUCUUACUCUAAAGGCACAACAAAAGAAUUUAUCAUUCCUCACAUAGAAUAUGAAUCUUUUGAGGCUAACUUUUCUAAAGCUGAUGCAAAGAAUUACAUGCUAUCAGAUGCUUGCACUUUGAUGUCAGCAGCAAAUCAAUUUAAGUCUGGAGAAGACGAAAUAACUUUGUCUUGCGGCAAAGAAAACAGUAUACUUGAAAAUUAUCUGCAAAAUGCCAAAGAUUGCAAAACAACAGUGAAAACAACUGUAAGAGUUGAUCAUCAGUAUUUAGAAACAUAUUCAAUUAAUUUCCCUACAGCAAUCACCUUUUGUUUAAAAGAAUUUAAAGCUUUACUCAUGUUAGCAGACAAUGUUCGGGCACCAAUUGCAUUUUACUUUGAUUCUCCGGGGAAGCCAUUGACUUUGGAAGUUAGUGAACAGGGUAUUUUUCGAAUUAAUGUUCUCAUAUCUACCCUUCAAGCUUCAACGAGUGACCAGCAGCAAUCAUCUCAAACUCCACCAGCAAGUCUGGCUAGCCAAAGUGGUCAGUCAAACUGUGAUGAUAACAGGCAGUCGGCACAAGUAAUUUCUACAAAAAACAUUCCAAAUAGUGUAGCACCGCCUGCAAGUAGUAUUCUUCAAAAUCAAUCAAAAGCCAACCCAAUUCGGGUGCAAAAUAAUAUAAGAGACUCUGAUAGGUUUGCCUACAAUUUUCCGAUUCCCACAACUAGUCUAAAUCGGCAAGGAUCUCAAAAUUUAAGUCAAAACAACGGUUUAGUCAGGUCUCAAAAUUGUGACUCAAGUCAGAGAGGUCACAAUAAAUUUCACAGUAAUGGAAAUAAUGACCAAAAUGAUAUGCAUGAUCCAAGUCAAACUAAUACCAGUUACAAUCAAAAUGAUGAUCUUAUUAGAAGUCAAAGAAGGACGCAUGAUUUAAGUCAAAAUAAUGAAAAUGUUAGCCAUAAAAAUAGUCACAAUGCAGUUCAAAGCAAUGAGCCCAAUAACCCGGUUUCUUCUCAACCACAGAACCUUGAUGAAGCAGAAAAUUUUGUUCCUAAUGAUUUUAUACUUGACCCAAAUGAUUUCGCUGGUGAUGAUUUCAACCUUGAUGAAGAACCAAAAAGUUCAAAGCGCUGCUCUGAUAUAGAACCUCCACAGUCGACCAAGCAUCCUCGGAAAAGGAGGAGAGAACCUGAGAACAACAAUACCCUUGAAGAUAUAGAGGCAUUUGUCAAGGAAAAAAGGUCUAGCGUCAAUUCUGAGGCUUUGAAUUCCAAGUUUGAUGAGGUCAAUCAUUCUCGAAUGAAAAUUCUGCAUGAUCCGGUUAAUCAGCUUAUUUUAAAUGUUUUUCGGUGGUUUUUUAAUCCAGCAAAGAGCUGGAAAAAGAAUCGAUCAAAGGUCAUUGUGUAUGAUUCAGAUGGUUUUACUGAUUCAGAUUGAUUGUCAGUCAAGUAAAUAAACUUGAAAGUAGAACAAUUAUGUCAAGUACUCCGUCAAGAAUUUGGAAUUUCAUCUAACAUGUUGUCUCUUCAAGAUACUUAGUUCAUUUCUUUACGGAAAUGCAUUGGCUCCAUACUCAUAGUUACUUAUUAACACAUCCAAUCGAAACUGAGUUGAAAAUCAGUUUGCACAUCCUGCCUCUUUUACUUUCAUUUUUACCUGUAUUCUAAGACAGAAUUAUCUUAUUCAGUAUGGUAGAUGAUGGCGGUGGCGAUGAUAUCUAGGAUGGUGAUUUUUAAUGAAUAAGUAAUUGAUUUGAUUCCUUUGAGAAUGUUAGUAUUAUUUGGACAGACGUAAACCAGAAUCAGCCCAACUGUACUUUCUUAUUUCCUCUUGAGAGGAAAUCUUAUUUUUUUAACAGAGAAUCUAACAAUAUAAUGCCUUGAAACUUUCUGUAAAUUUACUUUAGGUUAUGAAGAACACUUAUACUCACAAAGCUUCAAGUCAGAAUUUUGAUUAGUUUUAGUCAUAACCCUAGCAGCAGGGACUGUAAAAAAUCUCUUAAAAAACUUGUAAAUUUUAAUUAAAAAACUCUCAAUAAAACAUUUAAAAUUUACAAAGAAGGGAACUCUUUUUGGGACUUGUUUUACAUAAAAUUUAUGAGAGGUCAAAAAGUACAAUAAUUGCUAAAAAAAACUCUUAAAAAAUUCUUAAGAGUAAUACACUGGUUUUUGAACACUUAUUUUACUUUAAAACGCAACAGUGUAUUUCCUUCGGAAAAUACACUAAAAAUGAGGUUUUUUUGGAGAGAGGUUUUUAACACCAUCUUUAUCUAAAUUUUGCCUCUCGUAAAUUUUUUGUAAAAUAAAUCCCAACAAAGGGUUCCUCUUUCGCAAAUUUUAACUAUUUUUCAAAGAAUUUUUUAGAAACAAAUUUUAACAGCCGUUGCUAACAGGGAAAAGUAAUGCAUGAUCCUUGGGCCUGUGCUCCCAAUAGGAGAGUGUCCAAAUGUCUUGAAUAUGUUUGUUUGUGAACCAUGAAUUGUGAUGAUGGGGAAAUUUGCCCGGAAACUUUUAAAUUUUAAUAAAACCUUUCAAUCAAAAGUUGGUCGGAAAAA